AGAGCCCGAAUACGGCCCCGGAUGCCAAAAAGCUCAAAAGCUUUCAUAGCGGGGAGGUACCGUCGAACAUGUAACCCUCCGCGAUAACCCGGAUUGUUCCUUUUCCAGAAUAACCUGCAGUUGUAGAAGAGCGAAACGGCGAGAUAGAAUUCCGGGUCGUCAACAAUGAUGGCUCCACAGAGAGUAUGAUUGUCCUCACAGGGCUCAAAAACCUGUUUCAAAAGCAGCUACCGAAGAUGCCCAAAGACUACAUCGCCCGUCUCGUCUAUGAUCGCACGCACUUGUCUUUGGCCAUCGUGAAAAUGCCUCUAGAAGUCAUUGGUGGAAUUACAUUUCGAGAAGUCCGACACCGCAAGUUCGCUGAAAUCGUGUUCUGUGCCGUCUCAUCGGACCAGCAGGUGAAGGGAUACGGAGCGCAUCUCAUGGCCCACUUGAAGGACUAUGUCAAGGCCACAUCCCCCGUGAUGCAUUUUCUGACUUACGCUGAUAACUACGCCACGGGGUAUUUCCAAAAGCAGGGCUUCACUAAAGAAAUCAUGCUUGACCGUUCCAUCUGGAUGGGCUACAUCAAGGACUAUGAAGGCGGCACACUCAUGCAAUGCUCGAUGCUUCCCCGAAUACGGUAUCUCGAAGUGGGCCGUAUGCUUCUCAAGCAGAAGGAAACUGUUCUAGCGAAAAUGCGUCCCUUGAGCAAAAAUCACAUUAUACAUCCACCGCCUCCGCAAUGGGCUAACGGCGUCAUCACUCCGAUCGAUCCACUCUCUAUUCCUGCCAUUCGAGCUGCUGGCUGGUCUCCGGACAUGGACAAGCUAGCACGGGAACCACGACAUGGGCCUCAUUUUAACGAACUUCGGCGCUUUCUGAGCCAAAUUCAAGCCCACAAACAAGCAUGGCCCUUUGUCUCUCCGGUCAACAAGGACGAGGUCCCGGAUUACUACAAAGUUAUUGAAACCCCAAUGGAUUUGUCAACAAUGGAAGAAAGAUUAGAGAAAGAUGCUUAUUCGACCCCGAAAGACCUUGUUAACGAUCUCAAGUUGAUCUUUAGCAAUUGUCGGCAGUAUAAUGACGCGACAACGGUAUAUGCCAAGUGUGCGAUGAAGCUGGAGAGAUACAUAUAUUCUUUAAUCAAGGAGGUACCGGAGUGGUAUGACUUGCUGGAAGAAUGAAGCUAGCGCAUCAAUGGCUCUCUUAAGACUCAACCUACUCUAAGCGAGACGAGAGUUUUGUAAGUAUGGAGUCUGCGUUGGGCUAUUUUUUUUGAAGGCGCUAUGCCUAUCAUAAUGUAG